AACGCGUGCCCAAAACUCGUUAAUGAAUAACUUCGGAGGAGCGCGAUCGCGGCUGAAGGCUGGCCCAGCUGUUUCCUGCUGCUGCACAUGUCUUCGCCCCGCGCCCUGUGUGUGCAAUGUUAGAUCAAUGUGAGGGAUUUUCUGGCUAAAUCCGUCUCCUGUUCACUAAAUCUCACUUCUCUCCAAAAGGAGCGUGCGCAAUGGAACAAAAGUGGGAAUGUUGAGAUGUGACAUUGGCCCCCGGCGCGCGCAUCUCGUCCGCUUUUUCUGCCCCGUUCGCUCUUCUCCUUCAUCCUCUCUUCUUUUUUCCCUUCGUUCCUCAGUUUUUGAAUGACUUGAAACAAGUUGACUCGUCGCCGGCUUUUUUUUUUUUGGUUGCGGAGACCCUGGUCGGGGAUGCCCUGCGCUCUUUCCUCCCUCCGGUGGCAUUUAUGGGACGUCCUCAAGAGUGCGAUGUGCUGGAUGUCCCGUAGCCACACCCUCUCGCUACUGCUGUGCGUCCUCAGCCUGACUCCGGCGGCUUCAGGAGCGCGGCCAGAGACGCUGUGCGGGGCGGAGCUGGUCGACACGCUGCAGUUUGUGUGCGGAGAGAGGGGCUUUUAUUUCAGUAAGCCAACGGGCUACGGCCCCAACGCCCGCCGGUCACGGGGCAUCGUGGACGAGUGCUGCUUCCAGAGCUGCGAGCUGCGCCGGCUGGAGAUGUACUGCGCGCCCGCCAAGACCAGCAAGGCCGCACGCUCGGUGCGCGCCCAGCGGCACACGGACGCGCCGCGGGCCGCCAAGGUCGGCGGGGGCGGCGCUGGCCACAAGGCCGACAAGGGCUCGGACCGACGGGCGGCCGUGCAGACGGACAAGACAAAAAUUAAGAAGAGACCUUUACCCGGACACAGUCAUUCAGCCUUUAAGGAUUUGCAUCCCAAAAACUCAAGUCGAGGCAACACCGCGGGCCGAAACUACCGAAUGUAGGCGAGGGGUGCAGGCCGUGGCCUUACCUGCCGCCCCCACCUCUGCCGCCCCCCGACGGUUGGCCCUAAACCACGACGGUAACGUGACAAGAGGAUGGAGAGCAGCGAAGCUACCACAGAUGUUGUCACUGUUUUCUACACUGCACCGUUCUAUAUCGGGAUCAAUUCUUUGUAAACGUAACAGACGCUAGUUUAGUUGCUAACAGACAAGUGAAUAAGUGGACACGAAGCAUUUCAAAUCUCCCUACCAUUUACCCAUCAGAAUCAGAUGAUUCUGAUUCUGAUCAUGCAUUGCUGAGGUUUUCUUUUCUUUUAACAAAACCCCAAAAAGACCGAGGUGGCUCAUAGUCGGAUAUUUAACGCAGAUAGCUUUUUUUGUCAGGACUUUCAGGUCUGGCCUGCAAUCCAAACCCUGACAACAGACCAUUACAGCAGGGGUUCUCAAACCUUUUGGGUCCAGGGACCCCUCAUAGUGGAGAAAUGUUUUCGACCGCAAUUAAGCAAAGUUGCCCAUUUUCAAGGGAAAGAAAAGUCCAAAUUUAAAGGUCCCAUAAAGGUCUAGUACUUGGGAUGUCAUAUUGGCUUUAUUGUGCCUCAGUAAACAUGUGAAAUAUGAAUUCAAAUUGUCCACGCAUUCCUCAGUUCCAGACUUUUUUUUUUGUGAGAGGCCUGAAAUCAGGUCAUUCGAAUUUCUCGAGUUUAGCUACGUCACUAGCGAAGCUCUCCGCCUACCUCUCCACUCCUGAGCCAGCGCUGUCGACAUAACAAACACGCGUGCGCUCACAAGUGGGUCUCCUACAUGGAGGCGACCAAUCAGAGGAAAGGGGGAGGUCUUAGACAAAUAUGGACAAAGCGGAUACAAAACUGGGUCAAACAGAAGUAGCUGUCAGAGGGCCCUUUUCUGGACACGCGUAUGACACAACCAAGGUGUUGUUUGAAAUGAAAUUGACACUUUUAUACUAAGUCCAUGUUAAAGAGUCAUUCUAUGGAGGUCAAAAUAGCCAAAAUAUGGGACCUUUAAGAAUAACACAAUAAUUUAAUUUUUUUGGGAUUAAUAUUUAUUAGAGGAAAAAAGUUGUGCUUUGAGAGUGAAGUCGUUUUUUGUCAGCAUACAAUGAAAUUUCACUGCAUCUCAAGACUGGACUUGGAAAGUAAACAAGUGACAAAAAAAAAACUAUGAAUAAAUCAACGACAUUUUUGCCAGUUAAAAAGACAGUUUUUUUUUUUUUUUAGAUUAAAGUAUUAUUUUCCAAGAUAAAGUCAUAACAUUAGGCGGCACGGUGCCUGACUGGUUAGAGCGUCAGCCUCACAGUUCUGAGGACCUGGCUUCAAUCCCCGGCCCCGCCUGUGUGGAGUUUGCAUGUUCUCCCCGUGCCUGCGUGGGUUUUCUCCGGGCACUCCGGUUUCCUCCCACAUCCCAAAAACAUGCAUGCUAGGUUAAUUGACAACUCUAAAUUGCCCGUAGGUGUGAAUGUGAGUGCGAAUGGUUGUUUGUUUAUAUGUGCCCUGCGAUGGGCUGGCAACCAGUUCAGGGUGUACCCCGCCUCCUGCCCGAUGAUAGCUGGGAUAGGCUCCGGCACGCCCGCGACCCGAGUGAGGAUAAGCGGCUCAGAAAAUGGAUGGAUGGAAGUCAUAACAUUAUGAUGUUAAAGGGAAAAUGUCAUAUUCUAUCAAUGGAAUAAAAAAAAAUACUUAUUUCUCAUAAUAAAACACCUUUUAUCCAGAUGAAGAUGGCUUUAUUUUCUUAAAAGUAGGACUAUGUUCUAAAAAAUAUACUUCCGCAAAAAAAAAAUGGGACAAUUUCUGUAAUAAUGUGCCUUUUUGUUUAAAACAAAAAGGAUUUCAUUUAGGCAAGGAUGUCUGAUUUAUAUGAUUAUGUGAAAGUGUUAAAGUUUGCACCCCCAUAUGUAGCUAUGCACUUUUUUAAAUGAUACAACAUUAUACAUUGCAAAUGUUUUUGUCCAGGCACCCCAGUUUGAGAACCACUGCAUUAAAAGAAAAUUUACAGCCAUACUGCACUCGCAUCUCCCUUGUUGUUGUUUAGAAAAAAAGAAAAAGAACGAAAAAAAAGAAUCCGGCUGUGUAACACAGGAGCCGAAGUGAAAUAUUCUCCUUUUACGGUGCUUGUCAGAAAUCGGUCGCCUGCGGAUUCAAAGUGCGUUUGGGCGGGUGCAAGCAGAAGGCAAACACGCAAAAACGGCAGCCAAAUUGGAUUCUUGUCAACAGCCAGGUCGGGCCCGAAAGUGAGCUGAAAAGGGGGCGGCGUUCAAGGCCACUUGCGCGGAAUUAAUGAUUUGUGUUGGGUCCGACACACGUGCACACACACACACACACACAGAAUAAACACACAAACUCAUCAUUGUCAUCCAUAUCGCUCCGCCUGCGUAUAAUCCUAAACACGUAUGUUAUUAUCUACGCAUUACUAUUUCUUAUAAGAAAAAGUGUCCACUGUAUAAUGGUGCUACUUUGUGAUGACGGGGGGGGGGGGGGG